UUUUGGGAAGACACGAUGACCGGCUCCCCGAAGAGAAGACUAACCUGCCUGGAUACCCACAAGAUGGCGGUAAGCGGGGCUUCGUCCCACGUGAGUGAGCGGCGCAGCACACACCUCUCGCGAGAUCCUCUGCUCGGCUAUGCCGGUGUACUGUCGCUAUCUCGCGGGAGCGGUGUGUAUGAGUCUCGCGAGAGUGGGCUCGGCGGGUGGAUGGCGUCGCUGGUCAGCUUUCCUCAGAUGCUGGAACCCUUGGGAAGCCAAACGUUACAGAUGAUGCUGGGUGGUGACAUUAUGAAGCUGGAAAAUGGGCAGACAAAGCUUGGCUUGCCACCGCUCAACCCAGAGCAGCAGGAGGCACUGCAAAAGGCCAAGAAGUAUGCAAUGGAACAAAGCAUCAAGAGUGUGUUAGUGAAGCAAACGAUCGCCCACCAGCAGCAACAGCUCACUAACCUGCAGACACUGGGUUCCUUUCGGAAAUGGGGAUGCUGGGAACUGUGCGAUUGUCUCGACUCCAAAGAUCAGAUGGCAGCACAGAGGCAGCGGGCGUUGGCGAUUAUGUGCCGAGUUUACGUUGGAUCAAUUUACUAUGAGCUGGGAGAAGAUACCAUUCGUCAGGCCUUUGCUCCCUUUGGACCAAUCAAAAGCAUCGAUAUGUCAUGGGACUCUGUUACAAUGAAGCACAAGGGGUUUGCCUUUGUGGAGUACGAGGUUCCAGAGGCAGCUCAACUUGCCCUUGAGCAGAUGAACUCGGUGAUGUUGGGAGGCAGAAAUAUCAAGGUUGGCAGACCGAGUAACAUAGGACAAGCUCAACCAAUCAUAGACCAGCUUGCAGAGGAAGCCAGGGCGUUUAACAGAAUUUAUGUCGCGUCCGUUCACCCGGAUCUGUCGGAUGAUGACAUUAAAAGUGUGUUCGAGGCCUUUGGAAAGAUUAAAUCCUGCACCUUGGCCCGAGACCCCACAACGGGGAAGCACAAAGGAUAUGGAUUCAUUGAAUACGAGAAGGCCCAGUCCUCGCAGGAUGCCGUUUCCUCCAUGAACCUCUUUGACCUUGGCGGCCAGUUCCUACGAGUUGGGAAAGCGGUGACCCCUCCGAUGCCAUUGAUGACUCCUGCCGCACCGGGUGGAUUACCCCCUGCUGCAGCCGUGGCAGCAGCCGCCGCAACGGCCAAGAUCACAGCUCAGGAGGCUGUGGCUGGGGCCGCGGUUCUCGGUGUUAGUGGUCUUUCAGCGCCAGGGCUGGUUACUCCAGCACUUACCCUGGCACAACCACUGGGUGCAUUGCCACAAGCGGUCAUGGCAGCCCAAGCCCCAGGCGUCAUUACAGGUGUGACUCCAACUCGUCCAGCUGUGUCUUUACCAGUCAGUAUCCCGCAGGUGGGGGUGGUUAACCCUGUCCUUGCCACACCUCCAGCAACUACUAGUACAGUGGAAGUGAAGAAGGAAGACGAUGAGAAGUUGCUGGAUACUGAGCGGCUGGAAAUGUUGAGUGAGCAGGAGCAUAUGAGCAUUUCCGGCAGCAAUGCCAGGCAUAUGGUGAUGCAGAAGCUGCUGCGCAAACAGGAGUCUACAGUGAUGGUCUUGCGGAAUAUGGUGGGUCCCGAGGACAUUGAUGAUGAUCUGGAGGGCGAAGUAACAGAGGAAUGUGGUAAAUUUGGGGCUGUGAACCGUGUGAUCAUCUACCAAGAAAAGCAGGGCGAGGAGGAGGAUGCCGAGGUGAUUGUUAAGAUCUUUGUGGAAUUUUCCAUGGCUACGGAGAUGCACAAAGCCAUCCAGGCUCUUAAUGGGCGGUGGUUUGGAGGACGGAAGGUGGUCGCAGAAAUCUAUGAUCAAGAUCGGUUUGACAACAGUGACCUAUCUGCAUGAACUCGAGGGCAUGGCGAACUGUGGUGAAAGGACGUGGGCUCAGCUGUGGUUCAGGGACCACAUUCAGCAGCUGAUGUCCCAUCACCCACUCGAAGCUGGGACCUCGGGCUACUGCACAUGGACCCAAUGCGUUUCCACUUCGUCAACUGACAGUGCUGUGUUUGCCUGCUUGUUCCACUCUUCUGUUUCUCCACUCAGCUUCAGAACCCAGUGGGCCAAGGCGCAGACCUGUAACAAUGUGGAGCAGUCUGGGAGCUUAGCCCGGACCACCCAGUUCAUCCUUGGUGAAUGUGUCACUGGUUAGAUGAAUUAUUUCAGUGGGUGAUUCCGUCAGUGACGAUCACAGAAUGUUUAGGGUUUGUUGCCCCAGAUGAAGCUAUGGACUUGGGUUCUCCGGUGAUUUUGACCCAGAGUUCAGGUCCAUGGUGUCAGCACAGAACACAUGGAUUUGGCCUAGAUUCACAGACUGCUCUCCAGAUGGUUAAUUCAGUAUGAGUGUUUUUCUUAAACUCUGUUUUGGCUGCAAAAUGUGGACAUUGUAGGCAAGUUACUGUUCAUUUCUAUUAAAGAAGUUAUUGAAUAAAAA